AUGCGCGAGGUGGCGCUGGAGCCCGAAGUGAUCAGCUACAGUGCCGGAGUCAGCGCAUGCGAGAAAGGCGAGCAAUGGUGGUGUGCGUUGUUGCUGCUUGGCGAGAUGUGGGAAGCAGAGUUAGUGCCGGACAUCAUCGCUUACAGUGCUGGGAUGAGCGCUUGCGCGAGAAGCGGGGAGUGGCGGCACGCGUUGUCGUUACUCGGCGAGCUGUCGGAGGUGAAGCUGGUGCCCAACGUCGUCAGUUACAGCGCCGGAGUCGACGCUUGCGGGAGGGACGCGCAGUGGCAGCGGGCAGUGUCGUUGCUCAGCGAGCUGAGUGAAGCAAGGCUGAGGCUGGACGUCGUCUGUGUCAACUCGGCGAUCAGCGCAUGCGAGAAGGCGGGGCAGUGGCAGCAUGCGAUGUCCCUGCUCUUCAGCUUGUCGUGCGUGAGGCUGGAGCCGAAUGUCACCCUCAGCUACAAUGCUGGGAUUCAGGCGUGCGAGAAAGGUAGGCAGUGGCAGCAGGCGUUGCUGUUGUUCAAUGACUUGUGCGUGGCGGAAUUGGAGCCAGAUGUUGUGAGCUACACCGGAUGUUGUGCGGCCAUCCAAGCGUGUGAGAGAGGCGAGCAGUGGCAGACGGUGUUGUCGUUGCUCAGCAAUAUGCGGAAACUGAAGGUCGAGCCAAGUGUUCAUAGCUACAACAUUGGGAUUGACGUGUGCAAGGAGUCAAUGCAAUGGCGGCAGGCGCUGACGAUGUUCAGCAAUGUGUUGCAAGUGUCAUUGGAGGCAGACGUCGUCAGCUACAACACUGCUAUCAGCGCGUGCCAAGAUCGCCAACUCUUCCGCAGUGAUGGAAGUGUUGUAACAAGGUGGAAACUCUCAUCCCUGCUGCUCAGCGAGCUGCAAAGGUUAAGCAUUGAGCAGAACGCCAUUAGCUACAAUGCUUGUUUCAAUGCCUGCGCGAAAGCGAAGCAGUGGCAGCAGGCGUCAGUUUUGCUCAGCGAGCUGUGCAAAGUGGGGAUGGAGCCGAACGCUGUCACAAGCAAUGCCAGAGUCUUGGAGUAUGAGAAAUUUGGGCAGUGGCUGCACGCACUGGCGCUGCUGUCUGAGUUGUCUUCACCCCUUGCUUGA